AUGGGCCCUCGAAGACGACUUAGCGUUUGCGAGGAAGAGUGCAAAGAGGUGGAAUACUCCGACUAUGUCUUCACUCGGUAUCUCCUCCAACCCCCUGCGCCCAAGUUAAAACCGGAAUUACAUGCCAAUGAUGCGACAUGUGCUUGGAUCGGAGUUCCGUCCCUACAGCGGUUUGACAAACCACAGAUCCACGUUUGGCCUCGCCUUCAAGAUCUUCUCCAAAUGUCACGAAACGUCAAGCCUGGUCAAUAUCCCAUACUUGUCUCGUUUAUUGGCGAGACAGGUUCGGGAAAAAGCACUUUGAUACGAACGAUGAUCCAGAUGGCCCAGCCCGAUCACCCAGAAGGAGAGUCCGUUCCUGUGCCUGGGUCUCCAAGUGAUCGGUUUGCGUCCACGAGCAGUGACAUCCACGCCUACAGCGAUCCUCUUACCCUCUCGACAAAGUAUCCAAUAGUCUAUGCUGACUGUGAAGGUUUUGUUGGCUCCGACAAGCCGAUUGCACAAGAGAUUAUUGCGGCUCUUUCUGAACCAAAUUGGCUAUUCCAGUGGGAAUUCGGGGAGGAGUCUGCCGAGCACAAAGUACUAAAAUACUGGCAAGACAAACAAGACAAGCUCCUGAGAAAAGUGAACCAAUUCUUAAGCGGUGCCGAGAGCAGGAUCAAUGUUGAAUGGGGCAAACUGGACUACCCAGACCCACAAGCAUCAGUUAUCAUGGAAGACUCAGAUGGGCGCAGGCUGCGCACAGUCCAAAACAACACUCGAAAGCUCAUCGUGAAGUAUCUGUACCCCAGAGUCCUCUAUGGUUUUUCUGAUGUAGUUUGUUUCGUCACGACCAACGGAAGGCAUCUAAUUGACUGGGCUCAACAUUCACACGACCGAAUCCUCAAUCAGCGGACAAAACCUGCUCUUAUUGUCAUUCUCAAUAUCGUUGUUGAUAUGGACGACAGCUCAUCUUCUGAUGCGACUGAGGAUCUUCUUCGAAGUUUCCAAAGGACUGAACGGUUUCGAGCGCUUCAGUCUCUCUGGGAAGAGAGAGAACAUCCAAUUCGAAACACCGCCGAUCUACUCCUUUGCUACUAUAGCGACUUCAAGGUAGUUCUUGUACCUGCCAUAAGUUCCAGGAGUUCGCCGGCAGAUGCAACCUCUGUGGGCAAAAGCAUUAGGCGGCUAUACGAGACAAUCCGAGGAUCAGUUUCCAAGGUCCGCAACGCCAAGGCUAACAGUGGUACAGAAUCAGACCUGGCUACUCUCAACACUCACAUGAACAGAUCUUUGAGUGUUUUGGGGCAGGACCUUCGUGCUGCGCUUGAUCUUCACGACAUAGUAAUGAGUGAUUCGUCGAUCCCGACUAGACUGAGCGAUCAUAUGGCAUCAACUCUACGUCAAAUGUGUAUCUUGCGCGAAAUUGACCGUACUGAUGCGAUUGGAGGCGAAGAGAGAGUCGUGAGCGAAUUCACCCCCUACGUGGGUGCAUGUAUCGUCGCCCAAACUUGCCGUAUUCAAGACAUUGACAUGAGAAAGAGAAAUAGGGAAGAACUGGUGGCUGAAGCUCAAAGCGGUCUUCAGAAGUUUCGCUGGCUAUACUGGCGAUGUGAAGCCCUAGAGCGAAGAACUGGCCGAAGAUGUCGAAAUUAUUACAAUGGCCACUACAAGGGACACCAAUUCAAUAGACCCAACGACGAACUGGAGGAUGUGAAGGGUCUCAAUCGAAGAGGAGAGCCAGCGGACGUGCUUUUCUUGUCUGUCUAA